AUCUUUGUAAAAUUAUUAUGUAGGUCUUAUCAGUGAGUUUUAAAAUAUUACAUUAUAUCAUACAACAAUUAUAUAAUCAUCUCUAUGAUUACAAUAGAUUAAAAUACAUGUAGUGUGGGCUGCCUGAAUUCGUUGAAUAACAGAGUUCUAUGUACUUCACUGUAAUUUUACAUUAAGUCGACAUUCCCCGUCGCAACUCAACGCUUCUUACUGUUAAUUAUUAAAAGUAAUGAAACCGAAUUAAAUUGCAUAUAAUAAUAUAUUAACAACAUGCUAUCUACACAAAAGUGCGUGUGUUUGUUUCAACAAUCAUUAAAGAUACCAAAUAGUUUAAUCAGACAACAGUCCUCAUUGCUGUUUAGUUUAUCAAAUUUAUCAUCCAAUGUGCAGGUUUACAAUCAGCACAAAACACAUCAAUUGAUUAAACACAGCCAAUUACAAUCACCACUACAUUCUAUACAGUAUUCACCUUUAUUAGUGCAGAAUAUGCAGUAUGCCACCAAGAAAAUGGAAACAAAACAAGGUCAAGCAGAAGAGAAAGAUGCAUCAGAAACUAAACCAGCAGAACCAACGACAUACAAGGAGAAAUUGAAACAAGCGAUGUCACAAUAUGGUUCAACAGUUAUCAUAUUCCACAUCACAAUUUCACUGAUCUCGCUUGGUACUUGUUACCUACUUGUUCAAAGUGGAUUGGAUAUGUCUGCAUUAUUGGAAAAACUAGGAUUAUCAGAAAAGUCUGUCAACAAACUAGCCUCAUCAUCAGGCACUUUCGCUGCAGCAUAUUUAAUACAUAAAGUGUUUGCACCAGUAAGACUUAGCAUUACAUUAACAUGCACUCCAUUCAUAGUGAGAUAUUUACGUAAGGCUGGAUUUAUAAAGAAAGCUUUGCCAAAAGUUGAACCGAAGAAAGGAUUGUAAUUUUUUUGGAUUUUUUAUUUUAUAUAAAAGUGCAUAUUAGCAAUGAAUCAACGUCAUUUAAAAUAUCUGAUGAUAUAACAAAUUUAUAUAGGACAUUUUAUGAGCAAUAUCACGAUUUUUCUUAAGUGACAAUGUGAAAAUGUACAAGUUAACUAUCAUGGGUGUAAAGUACAUAUUUCUGUAUAUACAAUAUUUUUGUAAAUCAGUCUAUACAAUUUAUGUUAAUUUCUAGUGAGCUUUAUAAAAGCACUGGGCAUAAGAAAGGUUUAAUACUAUAUUGAUGUUUGUUUAUAAGUUUAAAACUACGAUAAAUUAUAAACAACUAAUUAAGUAA